GCCUGUGGCGGCCUGCGAGCCAACGGUUAGCACAGAUGGAGACUGACCGAGAGCGUCGGCUCGAACCAUGCAGUUUCAGUCCUCAAAUCCACAGAAAUGGAGGGGGAAAGGAAAAGAAUUAGUCCAUCAUCACUAAAUGCAAGAAAGUAGCAACAGCAACAGGGAUGCAAUGAUAAUGGAUUCUGAAUUAAUGCAUAGCAUAGUAGGAAGCUAUCUUAGACCUCCUGAAAGAGUGUUUGUUCCGUCAUUUACCCAGAGUGAUGAAUCAUCUCACUACUCCAUGAACUUAGAAGUUACUGCUACUAAAAUGCUUCACAGUCCAAAUAGCCAAGCUAUUAUUUUAGCCUUAAAAACUCUUCAGGAAAAGAUUCAUCGUUUAGAGUUAGAGAGAACACAAGCUGAAGAUAACUUGAAUGUUAUUUCCAGAGAAGCAGCACAAUAUAAAAAGGCCUUGGAGAAUGAAACAAAUGAGAGAAAUCUGGCACACCAGGAACUGAUAAAGCAGAAAAAAGAUAUAAGUAUGCAAUUAAGCUCAGCCCAGUCUCGCUGUACCCUUCUAGAGAAGCAACUAGAAUAUACAAAGAGAAUGGUUCUCAAUGUAGAGCGAGAGAAGAAUAUGAUCCUAGAGCAACAGGCCCAGCUUCAAAGGGAAAAAGAACAGGAUCAUAUGAAGCUUCAAGCAAAACUUGAAAAGCUUGAUGUGUUAGAAAAAGAAUGUUUUAAACUUACAACAACUCAGAAAACUUCUGAGGACAAGAUUAAACAUUUAGAGGAAAAACUAAAGGAAGAAGAACAUCAGCGUAAGCUCUUUCAAGACAAGGCUUCUCAGCUUCAAACUGGACUUGAAAUCAAUAGAAUUUUAAUGUCUUCAGCAUCAAAUCCAAAGCACUUCAAUGAAAAGAAGAAAUCUUCAAAGAAAACUAAAUGUUUAAAGAGAGGACCACCUCAGCAAAUUUAUUCAAAGUUUGGAUCACAGCCUAUUGUGGCUGAGAAGUCUGCCAGUGCAAGCCAUUCACUGAAUCCAAGUAUGCAAAACCUCCUGCAGACGACGCAACAUUACAGGACACAUACCCUUCAGAAACCAGCUGAAGUAGCUGAGCCUGCAUGUCUCCACAAGCCUUCUAGAACAACUUCUCAGUGUAAAGCUUUACCUUCUGACUCAGAAAAGUCUAUUUCCAUUUGUAACAAUUUGUCUGAACUUUUGAUGGCAAUGCAAGAUGAGCUGGACCAAAUGAGUAUGGAAUACCAAGAACUACUAAAUCAAAUCAAAGAAACUGAAAGUCAAUCAGUUUGUGAAGACAUAGAAUGUAAACUAGAGCAUUUAGCCAAGAAAAUGGAAAUUAAAGGAGAACAAAUUUCCAAACUGAUGAAGCAUCAAGACAGUGUUCAUAAACUACAACAAAAAGUUUACAAUUCAAAGAUGAGUGAAACUUCAGCUAUUCAGCAAGAAGAUGGCAACUGUAAAGGAUCAAAGAACAUAAAAAAUAGAAAUUGUUGGUUAAGUAACUCUCUUCAAAAGAACAGCAACUUUCGUCCAAUACGAGUCCAUAAUCUUCAAAUGAAACUGAGAAGAGAUGAUAUCAUGUGGGAACAGUAACACAAUAGUAGAAAUGUCACCUUAAAUGAACUCUGUCAAUGAACUGUCUCAAGUGGUUUUAAUUUAAUAUACCUUUAUGAAAUUUCAAAUUAUGUUUCUAGCUUUUAUAAAGUGUCAAGUUGUAGUAUUUUAAAAUUAAGCCUAAUGACCUCCUAAGAGUCCCAAGUAAUAAUGAUUGUUUUCCUUAUUGACUGAAAUACCUAAUCUCACUGUUUUAGAAACAUUGUUCACUUUGUAGAUAUCUUAACCUAAAUUUAAGAAAUUAUACUAGAUUGAUAUUUAAACUUGAGUUAAAUUUGAGAUACAAGUACCAUUGCACUUCUUCACUUAGUAGGCUUGUAACCUUAAGAACCAGUGUAAAAUUAACAGUGUGGAAAGGUCUUUUAACUUUCCUGGUGCUUCCUCCUUAUCUUGUUUUAGAGGUGUAAAGUGUUCUUCUUUAUUUGGAAAGGGAAAAGCUUUGUGAAGAGGCCUUUAGCCCAAGUUUAUGUUACAGUUACAAAUAGGAACUCAUAGUUACUUAAUUUUUAGGUGAUAAUAACUGUGGAAGCCUUUUUCUGCUAUUCCCAUUUUCUUUUACAAAUCUAGCUUUGUUGUUUUUUUUUUUACCACCAGUGAUCUAUUUUAUCUUACUACUUUAUAACUAUAUUUUUGAUAUUUUGGUUAGUGAUGUCAUAAAAGAUUUCUUUGUCCACAGAUGCUUUAUAAUAAAUUUAUAUUUGUUGACCUAUCCUUCCAGAAGUCUAUGAAAACUAGUACAACUCUUCUGAACUUUUUUGGUUUCCCACCAAAAUCUUUGGGGAAGCUAGAGAAUUGGAGUCACCAGCUAAAAUAGAAGUAGAAGACUGACAGAAAAUGCAUGAUAGAAGGGAGGCGCUCAGAAGACAGGAUAGUAUGGUGAUUCUGAAGACAAGAGUUGGAGGUACAUCUUUAUCUACAGCUGGGAGGAUAUUCAAGCUAUAGGUGGGAAGGAAUUUUUUGAUCAAGAUCUUGGGGAACUAGGAAAAACAGUUUUUUAAAGACAGUCUUUAUGUCUUCCUAGGAAAUUCCCAAAAAGUAUGUGUAGGAGGUAAUUGUGGACCCUCUGUGGGGGAGGAGGAAAACCAUGAUUCAUUCUCAUUGCGAGAAUUACAAGACCUACAUUAGAAGACCUUUCCAUACCCGAAGUGGGGAGAUGACUGAAAAUGGGCAGAUUUAUACUUGGAAUUGUCCUUGAAAGAAACUAAUGGCAGAGAUAAAAGUUUCUCUCCCUCUGGUUUAAAUAGUACAUGUGUCCUUCACCCUCUUUCACUCCCUCUCUCUUCACAGCUCCUUCAGCCCCAGAGAUGUUCCACAGAGUGCUUCGUCUAAACCCAGUUUCAUCACCUUACCUAUUUUUCAACUUUGCCUUUUCUUCUCAAGAAUGUGAGUGCUAUAGUUUAUACUUAGCAAAAAAAUCAUCAGGACCACAAUACAGCCCUGUCUUCUCAUGCCAUUGUUGUCUAUGCACUUAAGACGGUGGCUGAGUAUAUUUAGUUUAUCAGUAGUGAAGUCACUACUUGUGAAAAUGUAUUACUAAGACAAAUUACCAUAAAAAAUUAAAAUCAUUUAAGGAACACUUGAAUAUUUCAAUUAAGAACUGAGAAUUUUCUUGCAAAAUCAGUGUAGUGUAAUAGAAAAAAACAUAGAUUUCAGAAUUAACAGACUUGGGUACACAUUGUGAUUCUGCCAUUUAGUAGCUUAGACAAUCAAAUAACUUUGGAGCCUCCAUUUUUCAUUUAUAAAUGAGGGAUUAUAUUACUACCUACCUCACAGGGUUCUGUGAGGAUUAAAUGAAAUAACAUGUCAAAGCACCCAGCAGAAGGGUUGGCACUGAAUGAAAACUCAAUAAAUGUUAAAUCUGAGUCACCAAAAAAAGAAAAAAUUGUCAUAGAACCUAAAUUUGCAUGGAUUAAAGCCUGAAAACAAGAGCCAAAAAGUAUUCUUUGUAAAAGUGGAAA